CAAAGGCCGACGCACAACACCGGCGGCGGGCGGAAGAAGAACGUUUCUGCUACGAUCUUGUGAGGAGAUGCACAUGGAGGCAUAAAAAGUCACACGCUACGUGUAUUGAUUUAUUUAUUACACAUAACCGAAUUAAACCCAGUUUAUCGCGGGUUCUGUCAUUCAGUUUAAGUCGUGGAUUUAGGACAGAUGGCAAAGUGUAGUGGCCUGGAUUAUCAGCUCUUCAUUCUACAAACGAAUAACACUUAAGCUCCUCUGAACGUGAGCCGGGCUGCAGUGACAUGGUGAUAUAUGCUGACUGGCAGCAGGCAGCCGUGGAACCGAGAAGCGACAGCUGUUUGCCAAUGACUGGUGAAGGCACUGGUUUGGAGGCUUUGGCCUCACCGCAGGCGGGGUAUCUGGGAAAAGUUCAGGAAAGAGCCGCUUCACUGGAGUAUUGUCCUUGGUGUUCUUCGAAAGGCCUGACCUAUGCUCUACGCUGCUACCGCAUCAAGCUCCAGGAAUCCAUUGCCCUCUGCACAAACCCGCAGUGUCUUUUCCCACUGGUAACUCGACCCUUGGAGGAUAUUUUGGCUAGCUUGGAUCCCUUGCAGCCAACUGUUGGGAACAAAAGGAAACGUGCCUUGGUUCUGGAAGAGGAAGAGGUUGUUAAAUCUCCGCUCAAACGCCAGCAAUCAAGCGAUCUCCGACCUGAGAGCAUUUCUUCCGUGCUUGGCAGGUCCUUGGAGCAUUGCUCAUUACACCCUGCGACAAAUGGACAGGUGAAUGGAUACCACAAGGAAUCUCCAGAUGUUGAGACAGCAGAAUGGGACAAUGAAGACGUUCAGAACAAGGACGAUCCUGCUCCUUCUUCAUGCUCUGACUCUCUUGAACACUCCUCAGAUGUUUUGUUGGCUAGUAGUGGAGCCCAGUCGCCUGCUCUCUCUCCUCACUUUAUCUCCCCAGAUGUAUCAAGGCAGGACAAUGUUCCAGGGUUAAACUGCAGACUCAAUUCCAGUCAGGCCAGUUAUUCUGCUAAUAUCCAAACCUCAUCGCUUCCAUGCAAUGAGCAGCCAACGUCAACAGAGAAGGAUUCACUCAUGGCAGACAUCCCCCCUUGUCAAGACGUUAACGGCUUUCAUUCGGAGAGUCGGGAUUUGUCGGAUGAGCUUGUUUCUGUUCCAAAACAGCUACUGUGGAAAAACAGCGACAACUUGUGCUGGCUGGACUCGCUGCUGGUUGUGUUGGUGAACUGUAAGAGCUUAAGAAAACUUGGACUUGAACAUGAACCUCAGCGCUCAUCUGUAUGGCGGCUGCUGAGGGAACAUGAAGCCAUCUGUGCUGCCAUCCAGGCGCACCAGCAAACUGGCAGAGACGGUGUUCUGAGAGUACCAAGUCAUGUGCUGCAAAACGCCUACGUUGACCUGCAGAGUCUUAGGACAUCCGUUUUUAAGCUACUGCAGCCUAAACUGCACUGCGAGAUGGGCCAGAGGGAGACUCCUGUUUUUGCCAUGCCUCUUCUGCUCACACUGGACUCCUGGGUGGAGCGUCUCUUCCAGACAACCUACGUCUGGGAAUUCAAGUGCAGCGAAUGCAAAGUUAUCACAAAAGAAAGGCUUAUAAAAACUCUCCCGACUUCCACAAAUAUUCUGCCUGAUUGGACCCCUCUUAAUGCAGUUCAUUUGGCUCCGUGUAAUAUGUGCUGCAAGAAGAACCAGAUGAGGACAAUGUUGCUGGAGAGUAUAUCUCCAGUGUUUGCACUGCACUUUGUAGAGGGGCUUCCUGACAAUGACGUCAGUAAGUACACCUUCAGCUUCAAGGGGAAUCGCUACUCUGUGACCACCGUCAUACAGUACAGCCAUCGGCUUAGGCACUUCGUCACCUGGAUUUACAAUGAGGAUGGAUCGUGGCUGGAGUGUGACGAUUUAAAAUACCCUGAGUGUAAGACCUACCAACAGCUGCAGAUUCCCUCUCAGGAGAUCCAUGUUGUUUUCUGGGAGGUGGAGGAGGAUGGGUGGGCCUCUGUCUGUUCUUCUUUCAACGUGUUACUUGAGAGUCCCCCAACUAAGAAUGAAGGGGUUCCUGAUUUAAAAGACUUCAGCACAGAAGAACCAUCAGUUCUUAUUCCUGAUUCUUCUCUUCUUACCUCUCACAGUGACACCAACAUAGUCUGUGCACUGUCAGGAGAUGACAGCGCUAAUGUAGACACUACAAUUACAGAUGAUGCCAACACAUCAAUAGGGGCCUCCACCCUACUCGGCACCUUUGAGGGCCUUACACAUAAUGAUAUAAUCACAAUCACUCUGAUAGAGUUGCCGCCCGAUUCGGUUCAGUCAGAGAUGCAGUCUUUAAUGGAUACCCAGCAAACGGAGAACUCCACUGCUCCUCUAUUGACUGAAGAAGUGAUCUCUGUCCUUGCAGCAGGUGGAGACUUGUGUCACAGCGCUGACGCUGAACCUACUCCAACCAGCAGCCAAUCUCAGUCAGAGUCAGGGGACAGCUCAGCGGGCGAUCCAACGUUUGUGUGCGGCGCAAAAAGACGUCGAGGUAGAAGGCCUAAGAAGAAGAAGACUGUCCGCAGGCAGAGAAGUAAAAAGGCAACUUCAUCGAAAGAUGCUUCACAGGGUACCCCGGAUGGACCCUCAGAACCACCCAAACCUGUCUGUUCUGCUGAAAAUAACACAGUUCCUAUUACAGAGCAGACGUCCAAGACGUCUUCUACCAACAACUUGCCUCCGUCUAGCACUCAGAACGAUCGCUGGUCUUUUCUUCUAAGCAAACACCCUCUAAAUCAAUUAAACAAAAACAUUUCACAUCCUCCCCCCACCCAAAAUCUUCCAGUGAUAACUGAAGUGAAUCCAUCUCAACCUGUUCACUCUACACCCAACCCUGUGAAAAAGCCACGGAUUCCCUCCGGAAUCCCUAAAGCACCGCUAUUAACAGAGGAAGGUACAAGUCUCCCACCCAAAGCUGCAGAGAUGUAUGGUGGCUUUGGUGCAAAGAGCUCCAACCCCUCUAUUACUCUUUCAUCCCCUUUGUCCAUCCCCCUGUUACCUCCAGCUGUCCUUCCUAAUCGCACUACGUCCCUCACAUGGACAUCUGAUACGUCUCCGCUCCAUGAAAACUCUUCAAUAAAGAAACCCGGCAGCUCAAAGGUUCCUCUGGUUCUCAGCGACACUGAAGCCCUCAGAUACAAACUCUUGAAGAAACUUAAAACUAAGAAAAAGAAGCUGGCAAAGCUGAAUCAGCUGCUGGGAAACGGAGGAGGGGCCCACCUCAGACCGGACAGCACCGACCUGAACUCUCCAAGCACCGUCAGCUCCAGCACUUAUGACGGCUCCACCUGUGACGACAUCCUGUCCGACCUGUUGUCCCCGGCAACGGCGACCAGCCACCUCUCCCCGGACAGCACCGGCUUCUUUGAGAUGUUGGCCAGUGGGCAAGACGGGGCGAACCAGCCGGACUGUGUGGUGAGAGUUGUGUCCCAAACUAACUGUCGUACAAGCCAGCAUGAAGAUCACAACUUCCUGGAGGAGUUUCUCUCACAGCUUUAAAACCAGCUCACACAGGGGUGUUAAAGCAAUUAUUCAAUAUUUUUUUUAGUCUUCAAUAAAACUGCACUGUUUACUGUAAAAAAUCAUGUGAGAUUGUUUUUGCAGCCGUUUACGUAGAAGGAGGCCUCACGUUUGUGUGCGACUACAAUUUUUAUAACAAAAAUCAAGUGGAAAAAACAUUUUCUACAUUUUCUUUUUUUUUUUUUUUUUUUUUUGGUUUUACCUUUUCCAGAAAUUGCACUUUGUUUUUCCUACGUACUGUAUGAACAUGGCUUGUAGCUUGGUUUAAAGUUGAAACUGUUUUUGUUUUUUACAAAUUGUAAAAAAAAAAUAAAAGUAUUUCAAGUCUUGUUUUUUUUAUUUAUUUGUAAAUUACAAACCACCUUCACUAACACCAACUGUUAUUGUUAAGGUAAUAAAAUAUUUAUACUUUUUUCAUUCAAA